GUUAGCAGGGGACAGCUCGUUCAAACCGCCAGCGUCCUCAGGUCACGAUGGUCGACUCUGUGUUCAGAACUCGCUCGCUGGGCACGGCCGCCGAGGGUGUCCGCGACCAGUAUGCGGAUGGAAAGGCGGCCAAGGUAUGGCAGGUGUACAUUGGCGACAAGAACUCGCGCACGCAGCACUACAAGGACUUCCUGGUCGGUCUGCUCAGGAAGAAAGGGUGCAAAAGGGUGCUCGAUGUCGCCUGUGGACAAGGUGUGGACUCUAUUAUGCUGUUGGAAGAGGGAUUUGAAGUUUUCUCUAUCGAUGCUUCCGACAAAAUGCUCAAGUACGCACUUAAAACAAGAUGGAACAGGAGAAAAGAGCCCGCUUUUGACAAAUGGGAGAUUGAGGAGGCCAACUGGCUGACCUUAACGGACGACCUGCAAGGUCUGCAGUUUGAUGCGGUCAUUUGCCUCGGCAACUCAUUUGCUCACCUCACCAGCUCUGUCGACGAUAUUAAGAAAGCGUUGAAGAAUUUCGAGCAAUGUGUGAAGCCUGGUGGAAUGUUGCUGAUUGAUCAUCGCAACUACGAUUACAUCAUUGACAAGGGCGCAACUCCAGCUCACAGCAUUUACUACAAUAGCAAACAUACUACUGACAUCAAAACUUCUGUCCUUUUUGUCAAUGGAGAAGCUCAAAUGGUUACAAUGGACUACGUUAUGGAUAUUUCUGAUACUGCUGGUCCUGGCGAGGAAAAAGAGAGCCACUUCCGUCUCUCCUAUUACCCUCAUCGUCUGAAAUUUUUCACUGAGAUGCUAGCAGAAGUUUUCGACCCGAAGGCAAAAAAUAACAUUUAUGGAGACUUCAAGCCUUUAAAGCAAGUCGAAGACCCUGCUUUCUUCAUUCACGUUGUAGAAAAACCUUGAAAUUUGAAUUCAACAUAAAAAAGCUUAUGAGUUUUUAAUUUUAAUUCAAAUUUGAAAUGUAAAAUGCUGUAGAAAAAAUAAAAUGGAUAGACUUUAAGGAAGCCAAAAACUUUAAA